UUGAAAAUCGCAAUUCUCUUCCACAGUGGUCGGAGGCGCUGUGGUGCCAUACUCAUAUACCAAACGCAGAAGUUCGUAGCCUUUGAAGUUCAUUGCGAUCUUCGCUGAGUUUGUGACUUCGUUUCGUUUAGAGAAUGGGAAAGCGUGUAGCUGUAGUGUUGGCAGGCUGCGGUGUCUUUGAUGGAAGUGAAAUCCAUGAGGCGUCUGCGGUUCUGGUUCAUUUGAGCCGUCAGCAAGCUACUGUGAAGAUAUUUGCACCCAACACUGAUCAGAUGCAUGUUGUAGAUCACUUGAAAGGCUCUCCAACAGAGGAAAAGAGAAAUGUGCUUGUGGAGAGUGCCAGACUUGCCCGGGGUGAUAUCCAAGACCUCUCCGAGCUCAACGUAAAGGAUCUGGAUGCCAUCAUCUUCCCUGGUGGUUUUGGAGCAGCCAAGAACCUGUGUAGCUGGGCUGUCCAGGGUAAAGAUUGCUCGGUCGAUGAGCAGGUUAAGACGGUGCUGGAGGCCUUCCAUGCUGAGAAGAAGCCCAUCGGCUUGUGCUGCAUCUCACCUGUGCUGGCUGCUAAGGUUUUCCCUGGCUGUGAAGUGACUGUUGGCCAUGACAAGGAUGAGAGGUAUCCAGAUGUUCCAGACACUGCGGAAGCUAUUUCUCAGCUUGGCUGCAAGCAUAUUUGCAAGCAUGUGAAUGAGGCUCAUGUUGAUGAGAAAAAUAAGAUUGUCACCACCUGCGCUUUCAUGUGCAAAGCACCACUACAUGAAAUAUUUGAUGGAAUUGGAGAGAUGGUACAGGAGGUGUUGAAACUUGCCUGAAUUUAUGAAUUGACCCUGUCUUUCUAAUGUUUGUAUUCCAGCGUCUGAAUAAACAAGUAACAUAUUUGCCUUUUAGACUUUGUUACAGAUGGAAUAAUGAGUCCAUCAUUAUUUAAAUAUUUAUUGAUUGGAGAAAUCCUUUGUGAUGACAUCUGAACAUCUACCUAGUAAUGCCUAUUUGACUUCAUAUUGCUCGAGUCGACAAAAUACCGGAAGUGGCGCAUUUCACGGACGAGAAUCCAUAAAACAAAUUAUUAGACUGUAAUAAUUAAGCAUAAUUGUGAAUUCACAAACGCUACGAUUUAAUGAAAUAAUUAUAUGUGAUGCAGUUCUAAUACGGUAUAUGCGCUUUAAUUAUUUACAUGCUUGUAGGUUAAGUACGUGUGUCACACAGCAGCUCCUUUCACAGUAUUUCCACAGAAACGUAUCAUUUACAUGUGUGGAGCGUCUCAAACUCCGUCUCUGCUUGUUGUUGUGAGUUUGGGUUUAUUAUAACGUUCAUCUGGGAACGCUACGUGCGCCAUUUCAUCAGAUUCGUAAGGUAAAUCAUUUAUAAAUCCACGCAAACACAGGAGAAUACGUCGCGGUUUCAAAAUAAAAGCUCAAACCCUAUGUCCACAUACUCAUUUAAUUACAGUGGCUAUAGCAUUUCUGUCCUAAAGAAAUGGCCAAAUAUUAAAGAUUAAGUGGACAUUUGAAUUAAAUGGUGCUUGGUCAAUAUUAAACAAGGAUUAGAUCGCACAGUAAUGCGUAAUAACAACCUUCAGGCCGUUGGCGCCCCCUGCAGUCCUUUGUUGUAAUGCGUAAUUAUUGUUUAUAAUACAUUAUGUAUUUUAAGUUUUGUUCAAUAAAACCAUAUGAUUUCUU